AGCAAAUUGACAAUUUGGUUGACAAUGUUGGAAUAACUGAAUCGGCAGACUGGAAUUCUUUUAAUAUUACUAAUUCAUCAUUAUUUUCUGCACUUCCAUUAUUUAAUAUCUUAUACCAUCCUGAUAAUUUAUCAUAG